AUGGCUUUAUCAUUUCUACGCAGUAAUGUGAUCACUCAAAAUAUAAAAAAACAGCUUUACCAAAACAAACGCAAUGCCGGAUACGUUGUGCUUAUCCCAGAAAUAGGAGAAGAUGCUGAUAAUACUCUACUGUCGAAGAAUGGAUUACCAGAAUUCAAUGACUUUACCAUUGAGAAAUGUAUUGCAACCAUCAGCAAACAAAGUUUAGAGUAUGAAAAUGGAACUCGUCAAAUAGAACAAGUGGCUGCAAAUAGCAAAAACGCCUUUGUAGAUGUAUUCAAGCCUUUUGAAAUUCUGGAUAGCCAGUUGGAGCUAACAUGGGGAAUGGCGAAGACAUUGUACCUUGGAAACAGUUCCUUGAUGCCUACUAAGUCAUAUAUUCAAGUACACGAAAGAGCUCACAAAGCACGGUCUAGCAAAUUCAAUAGCAUUCCUAUAUUCCAAGCUGCUGUAACGGAGAAGAACCGUCUGAAGAAACUCACAGAUGAAGAACGAAGGCUUCUAGAUAAAUAUAUUCUUGAAGGUAAACUAAAUGGUUUAGAAGUCAAGGGAAUAAAGAGAGAGAGACUAGACAUUAUCCUCCCAACUUUACAGAAAGAAAGACAAACUUUCAGAGACAAGGUAAACAUAGCUAAUAAGAUUUUCACCAGCACCAUCAAAGAUCGAAAUCUUAUAAAAGAGUUUCCACAGACUCUAGUAAAAGACAUGGCGAUAGGGGUUGAUUCAGACAAAGGACCCUGGAAACUCACUCUGCUACCUCACAUCUAUGAACCUUUCAUGCAAUACUGUCCUGACAGAGACUUACGAUGGAAUGCCUGGCAAGCACAUGUACAAAGAUGCUCCGGAUAUGCUAACAAGGAAAUGGAAACGGCUUCAAACUUAGAAAAUAUUAGAAGGCUAAGGAAUGAACAAGCUACUAUUUUAGGUUAUGAGACUUAUGCAGACAUGAGUAUGGAGACUAAAAUGGCUGGAUCAGUAGACAAUGUGCACAGUAUGUUGGAUAGUUUAUUAGAGAGUGCUAGAUCAAUGCAAGAUGCCGAAAUAGAACUGCUACAAAGAUACGCGCAAGAAAGAGGUUUUGAAGAUAAGUUAGAGCACUGGGAUAUACCAUAUUGGCAAAGGAAACAAAAAUGGAGCCUCUAUGGUUUUGAUGAAGACAAAAUACGAGAAUACUUCCCCUUGCCCAAAGUUCUUAAUAGUCUUUUUAGUCUGUGCAAUACUCUAUUCAAUAUUAACAUUGUAGAAAGAACAGAUGCACACACAUGGCACAAAGAUGUCAAGUUUUAUGCUAUUUAUGAAGAGUCAAGUGAUACUCCUAUAGCUAACUUCUACUUUGACCCUUAUGCCCGUCAAGAUGAAAAGAUUCGCAUUUACGAUGAUGCAGGAUGGCAUAUUGCUAUCCGUAACAGAUGUGCAUCCACAGGUACAUCUCCAUUGUCAGCAUUGAUUUUCAAUUUCCAAGCACCGGGAGAUGGGAAGCCAUCUCUGCUUUCAUUCAACGAAGUAACUAUUUUGUUCCAAAGAUUUGGUCAUUCCCUUCGCCACUUGUUAACCAAAGCCAAUUAUUCUGAAGUUGCUGGACUCUCUAAUGUGGAAUGGGAUGCAGCAGAAGUGUGCGGACAGGUUAUGACACAUUGGUUAUAUGAUCCAAGUACAGUAAGAAGAGUGAGUGGCCAUUUCAGUACAGAAGAACCAUUAUCGGACGACAUUGUCAAAAACUUACAGAACAUAAGAGGUCACAUGUCUGGUUACAAUCUAUGUAAAGAAUUAUACUUAUCGAAACUAGAUUUGGAGCUGCAUUCUAAGAAGACUUUCUGGAGAGAUAUUGUGAGGGAAAUGUGGCCGAAAUAUCAUGCUCUACCAUUUGACAAAUACGACUCCCAUCCGCUUUCGUUUACAAAGAUUUUCUGCGAAGAAUGGGGAGCAGCAUAUUUCUGUCGUAUUUGGUCUAGAAUUAUUGCUGCAGAUAUAUAUAGUGCUUUUGAAGAAGCAAGACAUGGUGAAAACGAUGUAUCAGCAGUGGGGAAAAGAUAUAGGGACACUUUCUUAGCUGUUGGGGGCAGUUGUCACCCCAGUGAAGUGUUUAGGCGGUUCCGUGGGAGGGAUCCUUCACCCCAUGCGUUACUUAAAAACCUUAGUUUGCCCAAAAAAGUUGUAGAAGAGUAA